AGUGAAACAAUUAAAAACGGACCCAUCGUAAAUUACACGCGACCGACGUCGACGACACCCAGGCUGCGACGAGCCGACAACCGAUAGGACCAGGCCACAGUGACACCUUGCACUUCUUCUCAUCAUCUCAUAACCGUCGUCUCCUAUCUCACCAGUAAAUGGAGACAUGGCUGAGAUAUAUCCUUCCCUCGUGCAAUGCGCGAUAGUGGCUGCGGCUUUCAAGAUCCUCUUGUUCCCAGCUUACAAAUCCACCGACUUUGAGGUCCAUCGCAACUGGCUGGCCAUCACUCACAGUCUCCCGCUCUGGGAUUGGUACUACGAAAACACGUCAGAAUGGACUCUGGACUAUCCGCCCUUCUUCGCCUACUUCGAAUGGAUCAUGUCGCAGGUUGCCAAGCUGGCUGAUCCGGCCAUGAUUUGGGUCCAUAAUCUGGAGUACGACAGUUGGCAGACCGUUUACUUUCAAAGAUGGACCGUCAUUGUGACGGAGCUGGUCUUGGUUUAUGCGCUGCAGAUGUUUGUUGACUCUACACAUGGCGUGUCCAAGAGGGCAGCUCAGGCGGCUGCUGUGUCCAUCCUCUUGUCGCCCGGUCUCCUCAUCAUCGACCACAUCCAUUUCCAGUACAACGGCGUCUUGUACGGCAUUCUGAUUGCCUCUCUGGUCCUGGCCAAGAAGAAGUCAUCUCUGCUGGCUAGCGGUCUCGUCUUUGCCGCCCUGUUGUGCAUGAAGCACAUCUACCUUUACCUGGCACCGGCCUACUUUGUCUACCUUCUCAGGGUGUACUGCCUCUCCCCCAAGUCCAUCUUCAGGAUCCAGUUCUUCAACUGCGUCAAGCUGGGCGGUGGAAUCGCCGCCAUUUUCGCGGCUGCCUUUGGCCCCUUUGCGCUCAGAAACCAGAUCCCGCAGAUCUUCAGCCGCCUGUUCCCCUUCUCGCGAGGUCUAUGCCAUGCAUACUGGGCUCCCAACGUGUGGGCCAUGUACUCGUUCAUCGACCGAGUUCUGAUCUCGCUCGCGCCAAGGAUUGGGCUACCGAUCAAGGCGGAUGCACUCAACAGCGUUACCCGCGGUCUGGUCGGAGACACCUCGUUCGCGGUGCUGCCUGACAUCACACCUCGCAUGUGUUUUGUCUUGACGCUCCUUUUCCAGGCCAUCCCCCUCAUCAAGCUCUUUAUGAGGCCGACUUGGGAGGGUUUCAUCGGCGCAGUCACCCUUUGCGGGUACGCCUCGUUCCUGUUCGGCUGGCACGUCCACGAGAAGGCCAUUUUGCUGGUCAUCAUCCCGUUCAGCCUCAUUGCGCUCAAGGACCGACGGUACCUGGGCGCCUUCAGACCCUUGGCUGUGGCGGGCCAUGUGUCGCUCUUCCCAUUGAUCUUCACGCCGGCCGAGUUCCCUAUCAAGACCAUCUAUACCAUCUUCUGGCUUGUUCUCUUCUUGAUGGCGUUCGACCGUCUUGCCCCGGCACCUACCCGCCAAAGACUGUUCCUGUUUGAUCGCCUCAGCACGGCGUACAUCACCGUCGGCAUCCCCCUUAUUUUCUACUGCUCUCUGAUGCAUGGCAUCAUCUUUGGCAAGAGCUACGAGUUUCUACCGUUGAUGUUUACCAGCUCGUACUCGGCGAUAGGAGUCGUCGGCAGCUGGUUGGGCUUCAUGGUGGUGUAUUUUACAGAGUAGAAUUUUUGCGUAACAAGCGAUCAAUUGCAAUAUUUUUUUGGUUUCUUUUGUUCUUUUAUUUGGCGAACUAUUUUCACCUUCAAUCCCGCAGUACUGUGUGUGUAUAUCACAAAAACAAAGACACGGGUGCACCCGCCAACUGAAGAGUAAUGCCAAGACCUGGACCUCCAAAAAAAGGUUUGAGGAGGUUUGAAACCCAGCCAUGCGGCUGACUAAGACGACGUGAGGUUUCAAAAAUUGGCACCCAAUGAACCGA